CGACAAACUCACACGCGCAGCGCCGUACCAGAAAGCUAGUCGUUGUAGUAUGAACGCCCCGUAAAAGUCCGAGCUGGCUUCGACGUAAAAGGAAAAGUUUUGUUCUUGUUUAAAUGAACGUGUGGUGGAAAGCGGCAAUAACCAAGACGGAUGUUCCCUUUUCAACGAAUGUCUUCACUUCCCUUCAUUAAUAUUUGCUCAUUCGGUUCCAGACGACCACUUAACUAACACCAUGUGGGGUGAAAGGUGGCUGUCGGUGGCUGUGCUGGCCGUGGCCGCUGGACUUUACUUCCUGCCUUCACCCAUCGACCCCAAGGCCCACGUGCUGAAAGGGCCUCCGCCGGCGCUCGACGGUCCGCUCGCUGCCAACACUCGCCUGCAGGAAGGCCGCAGACUCUUUGAGGGGAAACUCCACGGACCAGAAUCUUUCACUGCCGAUGAGGAGGGGAACGUCUACACGGGGACGGUGGAUGGGAAGCUGUGGAGGAUCGGUGCUGAUGACAGCCUCACCUUCAUUACCCAAAUGGGCCAGAACCUACCGGAAUGUGGGAGCAGCAUGGCCUACGAGCCGGUGUGUGGUCGUCCUCACGGCGUGCGUUUGGAUCGCCAUGGUAACCUCAUUGUGGCCGACUCCUACUUGGGACUGCACAGCGUCGACCCGCACACCGGAGAGAAGACGGUGUUGGUGUCCAACUCAGAGGGCGCUGCUGGCGUGCCUUUCGCCUUCCUAAACGGCCUGGACGUCUCCUCCCAGACGGGGAUGGUUUAUUUCACCGACUCUUCCAGUCGCUGGGGGAGGAGACAUGUCAAGCUGGAGGUGAUCGAGCUGAACAACCUCGGCCGUCUUCUCUCCUACGAUCCUCACACUAGAGAAGUGACCGUCCUGCUGGAUUCUCUCUACAUGCCCAACGGCAUCGCGCUCUCGCCCGACGAGAACUUCCUGCUCCUGGCCGAGACCAGCAUCGGCCGCAUCCUGCGGUUCUGGCUAAAAGGCACUAAGGCAGGCACCAAGGAGGUGGUCAUGGACAACAUGGUGGGUUACCCUGACAACAUCCGCCUCAGCGACCACGGAACAUUCGUGGUCGGCAUAACAACGCCGCGCUUCCGCAAGUGGACGCCUCCCUUCCUGGACAUGAUCGCACCCUACCCGGCUGUCAAGCGCUUCAUGGCUAAGGUGGUUCCUCUGAGCUUCUACAACGUGCUGCUGCCGCGCUACGCUUUGGUUCUGGAGCUGGACUUGGACGGCCGGCUGGUGGCUUCCCUACACGAUCCGGAAGGCCGACUGACGUGGGCCAUCAGCGACGUGUUCCAGCACCGAGGGCGGACCUACCUGGGCAGCACCGACCUGCCCUUCCUGCCCGUGGUCCACGGCGCGUGGGACAGCUGAUAGUAUGUAUACUGUGGGUAUUAGCAUCAUCAUCACCACGGCCAUGAUGAUGCUAAAUUUAGCUUAGCAUCGCUGACCUCUUUACUGUCCGCACUUUUAAAAAGUGAGUGAAAUAAAAUGUGAGCCGCAGCGCAGAUAAAAUAUCUUUACUUUGCACAAAACAGCAAAGAAGGAAAAAGUGCCUCAAGAAGAAGAACACAAAAUCAGUCGUCACUAAAACAUCACUAAAUCAGCAGUAAAAGACAUUUUGUUUUGUUUACGUUUUCAGAGCUCCAAAGUAACAAAGUCAGCAGCUGUGUAUGAACAUUCAGCAGUUGCUCGUGUGCGUGUAGAAAAUAUCCAACCAAGGAGGAGGAGCCACAUUUGCCUCGUAAAGUGUGUGCAGCUCAUCUUUUAGCGCCCGCCACGGCGUCUUCUCGCCACUCCCGAUCUGUCGCGUUACUUCAUCUUCUGUGGCUUCUGUUUGUGGCCAGAGAACAUCUCACGUGGAUCAAACUUGUACCUGUCCACGACAACAACCAUCCCAGUGAUUAUUAUAUACCAUCAUUUAGUUAGGGUUGAUCUAUUUAAAACUGCCUCAUUGUAACUCAAAUUUAUUUUUCAUCAGUUUUUAUGAGUCCCUUCUGCAGUAUAUUGGAUUAUUAUUUAUUUUUGUAAUCAGUCUGACUUAAGCCUUGAUAAUAAUCCUUAUGAACACAUAGUUACAUAUCAUUGGACCCUGUAAGUAGGUUACAUGUAGAAUAUGAUCACAAUCAAGAAUAAUUACUAAUUCAGUGUUAAUAUUUGUGGUCAGUGGACAAGUUGGGCCCCGAGGACAAAGAGGUUAAGAACCUCUGCUCCAAGAUAAUAAUAAUCUCCUCCAUGACAGCAAAUAAACUGCAUUUACUGGUAACAUCUGCUUACUUUCUCUUUUAACAUGUUCUGUCUACACUUGUUAAAAUGUAAAUAAUCACUUAUUCUUCUGUUGUUUGAUACUUUACAUUAGUUUUGGAUGAUACCACAAAUUUGGGUAUCGAUCCGAUACUAAGUCGUUACAUUGGUCAUAUUCAAAGACAUAUUUCCUGAGUUUAUAAAACAUAAUAUGAAUUUAAAAAAAAUGAAAGCAGCUGUUCUGAUGCCAAAAAAUAUCGACGUAAUCAUAGUAGUAUAGACUAUAUAUGUGCCUGUACUUGUUAGGUAUAGGUCCACUCAUGGCGUUUGUUAGUGAUGGGUUGAUGAGGCGUCAUGAAGCGUUUCGACACAUUGCAAAACUGUAUUGAUACUGUGUCACUAAAUACUGACAUCUGCUGGACAUUAAAAAUCCCUACAGGCAACCUAUGGACCGACUCA